CUUGCUGUAGCUAGGCGGUGUAGUGGCACACAGAGAAGCUAUGAUGACGUGGUAACUGUCAACAUCAUACGCAAAAAAAUCAAUCAAACAAGAAAACUUAACAACGCAGUGAUGUUGGACUUUGCAAUCUUCGCUGUCACGUUUGUCAUCAUUUUGGUCGGGGCUGUUCUCUAUUUGUACCCAUCUUCCAGAAGGGCCUCAGGUAUCCCAGGUCUCUACCCCACAGAUGAGAAGGAUGGAAACCUGCAGGACAUCAUCAACAAAGGCAGCCUGCAUGAGUUCCUCGUUAACCUGCAUCAGGAGUUUGGACCCGUGGCAUCCUUCUGGUUUGGCAGGCGACCAGUGGUCAGUCUGGGCUCUGUGAACCAGCUCCAGCAGCAUAUCAACCCCAAUCAUACCACUGACUCCUUUGAGACCAUGUUGAAGUCGCUACUCGGAUACCCGCCUGGGAUGGGAGGUGGGCCCAAUGAGUCAGUGGUUAGAAAGAAAUUAUAUGAGGGGGCCAUCAACAUCGGCCUUAAGAACAACUUCCCAGUCAUGCUCAAGGUGACAGAGGAGCUUGUGGGAAAGUGGAAGUCAUUUCCAGAGGCUCAGCACAUUCCCCUGUGUGCCCACCUACUAGGUCUGGCCCUAAAGACAGUCACUCAGCUGGGUCUGGGCGAGCGCUUCAAAGACGACGCUGAAAUAAUCUCCUUCCGCAAGAACCACGACGCGAUCUGGUCCGAAAUUGGAAAGGGCUACAUGGACGGUUCCCUGGAGAAGAGCUCCAGUAGAAAAACACAUUAUGAGAAGGCAUUGUCAGAGAUGGAAUCCAUGCUGCUGUCAGUGGUGAAGGAGAGGAGAGACCAGAGAAAGCAGACGGCGUUCGUGGACGCUCUUCUUCAGUCCAGUCUCACAGAGCGACAGGUCAUGGAGGACUGCAUGGUUUUCACUCUGGCUGGAUGUGUCAUCACUGCAAACUUGUGCAUCUGGGCCCUUCACUUUCUGUCCACAUCCAAGGAAGUCCAGGAAAAGCUGCACCAGGAACUACAAGAUGUUUUGGGUUCUGAUCCAGUUUCCCUAGACAAGAUUCCUCAGCUCAGAUACUGCCAGCAGGUUCUGAAUGAGACAGUAAGGACGGCCAAGCUGACCCCCAUAGCUGCUCGGCUUCAGGAAGUGGAGGGAAAAGUCGAUCAACAUGUGAUCCCUAAAGAGACUUUGGUAAUCUAUGCCCUGGGAGUGGUUCUUCAAGAUGCUGACACAUGGAGCGCCCCCUACAGGUUUGAUCCAGAUCGAUUUGAGGAAGAUUCGGCAAGGAAGAGCUUCUGCCUGCUUGGCUUCUCAGGGAAUCAAACAUGCCCAGAACUUAGGUUCGCCUACACUGUAGCUACAGUCCUGCUCAGCACAUUGGUUCGACAGCUGAAGCUUAACCAGCUGAAGAAUCAAGUGGCAGAAGUCCGAUCUGAGCUGGUGUCCACACCCAAGGAUGAGACCUGGAUCACUGUCAACCAUAGAAAAAGCUGAACACAGUCUGCAGAGCCCAGCAACUGAAGCAUCCUGUUUUAAGAAAGUAAUCAAUUUGAUUGAGCAUUUACCAGCAAAGUAUUACAGUGGUGAUUUAAAAUGAAGCUCUUAAUUGAACCAGUUUUAAGGCAUGGAGUCUUUCAGCACAUUUCUACCUUGCAGCCAAAUACAUUUCCACUUCGUUGUGAAGAAAAAGACGACAAGAGCUAGACAAAAGUUGAUUUAAAGGAGUACACUGUAACAAACACUGCCAUCUAGUGGUUAUGUUCCAAAUAACAAGAAGGUAAUGAUUAAAAGCUAUUCAAAUCUGUUCUUGACCAAGAAAUUAUAUCUUUAUUAAUAAUGACCUAAAUCAUCUAUGAAGGAGAAAAUUGGUAACGUUUUUCAGCUCUUCUUGUUUCUGCAUCCACAGAUUGAUCCACUAUAUUUCUUCAUUGCCUGUUGAACCGUACUCUCAUUUUAUGUGCCUUUUCUGUGGCAGAAAAAUGACUUUCCGCUCUUGUCCUGUUUUAGAAAUAGAUAUAUUUAAACUUUCUGAAAAAAUAGGAAAUAAAUACUUUUUUUUAAAACAACAGAAACUAGCUGAAAUGUCUUUUUUAAUGCAACUAUUUUUUUUUUCAGAUGUUUAUUGUAUUGGUAAUCUUAAUUUUCAUUGCUGUUUCAAGCCAAAUAUUUGGGAGCCUUACAGCAUUUGGACAUUUCAUUCCACUUUUUUAAUGCCUCUUGUACAAGAAACUUGUACAGAAAAUUGUGUUUUGUUUUUUUUAACUUUACAAAGUUUUUGUCGGUGAAGGGGUUUGCAAAUCUUUUUGAUGUACCCUCUAAAUAAAUGUACAUGACUCCA